AUGGGAAUCAUAAGCACAACGUGGUUGUGUUGGAUCAUGUUCAAUAGGAAUCGGGAAUAUCAAGCCUCACCUCUGCCGCGACUUCCAGACUUGACAUUUGCCACUAUUGACGAGGAGAACGAAACGUUUGCCGUGUCCGCUUACCUGGAGGAAUACAGCCGAAAAGUCCGUGUGUUUGCACUGAAAAAGGACACCGCCGCUCCACUUGUGUAUUGUUUCUAUUGGGGGAAUACUUUUGAAAACUAUGGGAAGCCUGUUUGGAAUUCGGCUGAGGUAUUUGCUUUCGAACGACUGAAGUAUGCGUUUCGACAGCUUGGAGCGAUUCAACCGACAGAGUCUUACGGUGCCUAUGUAACUUUUUGUCGUGUUCCAUCGGGCAUGAUGGGACAAAUAGUGGAUGGAAAGGUGGGGAUCGCGCUGCAUGUGGGGACGGCCUCAUACAAACCACCUGUUGUACUACAAAUCCACCCUGGUCAAGUGGUCGAGAAGAAGGAUGCGACCUUGGACCCCACCUACCGCAAAUGGAAACCUCCCAGAAAAGUUGGACUUUGUGUUGCUCCAAUUUACGAUCUGGGAGUCACUGUUACAACCUCCUAUCUUGUGAGCUACAUUGAACUCUACCGUGUGACCGGAGUGAGUCUAAUGGUGUUCUACAUCGUACCCGAGGUUAUAAAAUAUGUUCAACCCAUACUGGAUAGUUAUGCAAACAAACUUCUGUUUGAAAACGGUGAUAAGUUUGAACUAUUAGUUCUUACCUGGCAGCCACCGUUAAAUGAAAUCGAUUCACAACUGGAAGAAAGUGAUGAAAUAUUAGGCUACAAUGAUUGUAUUUAUCGCAUUUCGCGGGAAGUUGAGUACAUUUUGCACGCAAACCUUAAGGAGAUUGUCCUUCCAAAACAAAAUCCGAACAGUAUUCGCCUGACCGAGUGGUCCAAUGUGAUUCGAGUGCUACGCGAUGUCAACUAUGCAAAGCGUCCAACCACGUGCUUUCCAGCACGUUAUUUCCCACCUAUCAGAAGGCACUUGAAAACUACCGAAUCGAUAUUCGAACGUGUCUGGGCUACUCGGAAUCUGAGUGGAAAUCUAAGUCGAUGUAUAACACAUUCGGGGGAAGUGUUUGAUGUUGACAUUCACGCACCCAUCACACCACCGAGAUUGAACAAUGGAACGGAUUUGGCGACUGUAUUGAUUUUUGACAACUGUGAUGCUGAUGAAAUCACCACAUGUACUGCAGAGAAUGCCCUGGUCAUAAACGAAGAACUAACACCAUAUUUGAGCAAAAUUCAACCAUCGAUCGAACGCCGAAUGGCUCAGCUGGAAUCGCAGUUCAAAUAA